UUGUGACCUAAUAUAUGAUCAUUUCUGGAGAAUGUUGCAUGUGCAUUUGAAAAGAAUGUGUAUUCUGCUGUUUUAGGAUGGAAUGUUCUGAAUAUAUCUGUUAAAUCCAUCUUAUCUAGUGUGACAUUCAAAGCUAUUGUUUCCUUGUUGAUUUUCUGUUUAGAUGAUCUGUCAAUUGAUGUAAAUGGGGUGUUUAAAGUCCCUUACUAUUAUUGUAAUAUUAUUGAUUAGUUUCUUUGUGUUUGUUAUUUUUUUUAAGUUUAUUUAUUUUGAGAGACAGUGUGCAUGAGCAGGGGAGGGGCAGAGAGAGAGGGAGAGAGAGAAUCACAGCAUGGAGCCCAGUGCAGGGCUCAGAGUCACGAACCUUGAAAUCAUGACCUGAGACAAAAUCAAGAGUCCGAUGCUUAACCGACUGAGCCACCCAUGUGCCCCAACUUUGUUUGUUAUUAACUUUUUUAUGUAUUUGGGUGCUCUGUGUUGGGUGCAUAAAUAUAUACAAUUGUUAUAUCUUCUUGUUGGAUUGUCCCCUUUAUUAUUAUAUGGUGUCCCUUCUUUAUCUCUUAUCAUAGUCUUUGUUUUAAAGUCUAUUUUGAUCGAUCUAAGUAUUGCUACUCUGGCUUUCUAUGACAUCCAUGUGCAUGAUAAAUGUUUCUCCAUGCCUUCACAUUCAAUCUUCAGAUGUCUUUAAGUCUGAAAUGAAUCUCUUAUAGGGAUAUAAGAUCUCUUAUAGGGAUAUAAGAUCCCUUAUAGGGAUAUAAGACCCAUAUAGAUGGGUCUUGUUUUCUUAUUCACUCUAUUGCCCUAUAUUUUUUGAUUGGAGCAUUUAGUCCAUUUACAUUCAAAGUAAUUAUUGAUAGAUAUGAAUUUAUUGCCAUGUUGUUACUUGUUUGGUGGUUGUUUUUGUGGUUUUUCCCAUUCGUCACUUUGAAUAUAUCAUGCCACUCCUUUUUGGCUUAGAAAGCUUCUGCUGAAAAAUCCUCUGGUAGCUUUAUGGUGUAUCCUUUGUAUACAACUGUCUUCUUCUGUCUUGCUGUUUUUAAUAUUUUUUAUUUACCAUUGUAUUUUGCCAUUUUAAUUACAAUAUGUCUUGGUGUGGAUCUGUUUUUGUUGAUUAUAUUGGGGGUUCUCUGGGCUUCAUAGAUCUGGAUAUCUGUUUACUCCCCCAGAUUAGGGAAGUUUUCAGCCGUUAUGUCUCCAAAUAAAUUCUCUGCCCCCUUUCUCUCUUCUUCUGGGGUUCCUAUAGUGCUAAUGUUAUUACAUUUGAUGGAGUCCCUGAGUUGCCUAAGUCUAUUCUUGUUUUGUGUAGUUCUUCUUUCUCUCUUUUGUUCAGCUUGAUUACUUCCCAUUACUCUGUCUCCUAGGUCAUUAAUUCAUUCCUCUGCUUCUUCCAGGCUGCUGUUCAUUCCAUCAAAUAUGUUUCUCAUUUCGUUUAUCGAGCCCUUUAUCCUGCUUUUUCAUUCCUUAUCUCUGUGUUAAUGGUCUUACUGAUAUCCUCCAUUUUUUUUCUCAAGUCCAGUGAGCAUCCUUAUGAUCACUGCUUUAAAUUCUCUAUCAAGCAUGUUACUUAUAUCUGUUUCAAAAGGCCUUGGCCUUUUCCUUUAUUUGGGAUAAAAUCCUCUGUGUUCUCAUUUUGUCUAAGUCUUUUUGCUUCUUUUUCUGUGUUAGGAAAGUCAGCUACAUUUCCUGUUCUUGAGGGUAAUGGCUUUAUGAAGAAGAGGUCCUACAGUGCCCUGCAGUGUAGUGUUCCCUGUUCCCCAGGGCCUGGUGCUUCAGGGAAUGUGUCCAAUGUGUGCUGUGUGUGCUCUGGUGUUGUGUUCUGGCUGCUUCAUUCUUCAGGCCAGUCAUUUGCAGAGGCUCUUUUUGCCUGUUGCGGGCAGUGUUUGGUCCCUGGCCUGAAUGUGGUGCAUUUUAACUGGGUGUGUGCUCUUGUCUUCUUGUGAAAUGAACCCUGUUGUCACUUGCACCAGAAAUGAAGCCUUGCAAAACACCCUCAUCAGGAGACACAGUGCUGGCAGGGGUUUGGGCUGAUCUUCUGAAGGAGGGAGUUCGACAUGCUGGGACUGAGGCAAGCUUGACUGGGAAGAGCGGUUCCACUGGAGCACAGGGUGUGGUGACGGGUCUUGUGUAAGCAACUUAGGUCGCUUCCUAAACAUCUGGUUCCUGCAGAUGGCUCUGUGUUUAUGAUAAGAGGCAAGGGAGGUGAAUGGUGCCUGCCAGUUCCUUUGUUCCUGGAGGGGUCUCUACAUGAAUGCUGCCUCUCUGUGACAAAUUCCAAGAUGAACAACUAACCUCCCCACUGUGUAACCCAGGCACUCUUCCGAUCAUUGUUUCCAUGCUGUAUGUCUGCAUGCUGUUUGCCCUGCCUUCUCACCAAAAGCAGCCCCAAUGCCUAUGGACUCUAUCCCAGCCAAGCCCUUUAAAACUCCAGGCUUUAAGCCCUGCUGAUUCAAGAACUCAUGAAAUUUGGGUUCUCUCGCUUUCUAAGUCAAUUGCAGUGGGGCUUCCUUUUACCCAUGCACUCCCCUGUGUGCCAGUGUGUCCCUCACCCUUUUCAAGUUCGCUCUCCACUGCAGUGGCCAUGAUCCAUUUCUCUCUCAAGCCUUAUCUCCACACUUCCUACCUUCUUCAGUGUGACCUCUUUUCCACCUUAAGUUGUGAAGUUUGUUCUGCCAGUCUUCAGGUUGAUGUCUGGGGCAUGUAGGAUGAUUUGGUAGUUAUCCAGUUGUAUUAAUGGAACAAGGUGAUUCUAGGGUCCUCCUACUCCACCAUCAUCUUUCUCCCUCCUCACCAUUAUCAACAUUAUUAACAUUUUAUGGAUUUCUGUAUUACAUAUUGAAAGGAGUUUAAAUUCAAAUACAAAACGAGCCCUUCCAUUUGAAUAAAGGUGAGAAAGAAGGUAUUAUAUAAAAUUAGGAAAAGAAACAAUCAUAUCUAGCUAGUUAUAUUGAGAUUCAUAUAUCAGGGUGUUCACUACAUAGACAAUAAAUGCAUUAUUCGUGUGAUUCAUUAAAUAAGUAUUUUAGGUAAGACAGAGAAAUGCUUUAUUUUAUUUAAUGCUUAGUCACUUAUAAAAAGUGACAAUGCAACUGAAUAUAUUUGUACAUGUAGAAGUUUAUUUACCAUUCUCUGCUAAAGAACCCCUUCCCUUUUUUCAAGUACAGAAUCUACUGUGGACCUCCAGUGCUCAGUUCUAACACCCUUUAUUGUUGUGUAAAGUUUCUGGCUUACAGAACAUCCUGGAGAGGCAGUCUUAGAAGAUAAAGGAAGCUGUUGGUAGAAUGGCAAGAAUGGGACUUUUCAAACCUGAGGAGUGAUAAGUGGUACAAGUGGGUUAGUUCUGGGUAGGGGGGAGGGGAAAUGCCAAAGAUAGACUGCGAAGGGCAGGGAACAUGUAUGUCUAGCAAUGAGAUUUCUCUUUCUCUCAUUUCUCUGUAUUCAACUCCCAGCAUUGAAAUAUCCCCGUGGGUCCCCCAAAGGUAUUUUGAAAGUACAUGGUCUUUGGAGUUGAAUCCUGAUUCAUCACCUGCUAGGUAUGUAAUUUGGGGCAAGCUACUUAAAUUUUUGAGACUCAAUUUUCCUCAUCUGUAACAUGAGGAUUAUGAAAUGAGAUAAAAUGAAUCUAUCUCUCAGGGCUGUUGGGAAGAUAAUAAAAAUGUAUGUAAAAUCCUUGGAAUAUAACUAAUGCUUAAUAAAUGGUAGACAUUAUUACUGAGAGUUUCUUUUUAAAAAUUUCAGCUUUGCUUUUGAUAUAAGUGAAUUACCAACUUUGUUAGACAGUAUCUUCUUCAUCUUUAAUUUUCAGCACCAAAUAGCUCUGUGACUUUGAGAAAUGUCCUUACCCUUUAUUUGAUUCAAUUUUUUCACAGAUGAAAUAAUAGGGAUAAUAUCUUGGGUAACACUGGAGCUCUGUAAGACUGUGGUGCUAUCCACUUUGUUCUUGAUCAUAAUUAAAGCAAGGUACAGGCACAUGCACUAUAUUUCAUAAUGCGGCACAGCACAGGCCUCAGCAGCAUGGACUCUGGAGGCAGUAACCUGAAUUUCUGCUUAUAGUUCCUCCACUUAACAGGGCUGAGUGAUCUGUCAAGUCACUUUGCUCUUUUAUGCCUCAGUUUCUUCCUUUUCUGGACUUCUUUGCACAAAUUAAUUUUCCAAUGGUAUUAUAGAGAGCAUCUUUCAUCCUCAAACUUCUGUUGCCUCAUAUUCUAGUGGUGCUCUACUUUCGUAAUGCUAUAAAUGGUCCUAAUAAAAGUAUUAAAUUGUUUGACCACAAGCUGGCUAACCACCAACAUUUCAUUCUCUCACCCCAAUCAAACAAAAAAAAUGUUUCUAGACUGUCAUUUUUCUUUUAGUUAUAGAGCUAUAGAAUUAUUAUAGCAAAUGUUUACUGGAAAUUUGAGGUAUUGCCACAAGAAAUUAAAUGUUAAUAAAAUCAUUGACACAGAAAAGAGAGUAUGAAGAUCUCUUAAUCAAUACUGUCUCAGUAUUUCCAUAUUCAUGAAAGGUUUGGAACACUUGGCUUCCUACAUUAACCCUCUGCUCUAGUGAACAGGAAAAAUAUUGUUUAAUGAAUAUCUUUAACUUAGUAAUAAGAUAAAGAUUUGAACUACAUGGCCACUGGCAUCUUUUCUAAUGCUGAGAUCCUAUGAUUUUUAUGUCUUUCUUGAGAAGUUUAUUGGCUAUUAAAAAUGGCAGCAUCUGCAAUGAUCCCUAGACAUGUAACUAGUGUGGGUCAAAAGGCUUUGUCCCAAGAUGCUGAGUUGCAAAUUAUAUAAAAUAUUCUUAGUAAAAAUCUUUAAGUGAUGCAAAUCUUAAAGCUUUUCUUCCCGUUAGCAGAUGUUUUCCCAUUAUUCCUCAUCCUAGGGGUGAGUUUAUCCCAGAACUUGAGAUUCAGCAACUACUGAAUAUAGAUGGAGAUAAUCUUGGUCAAAGGCAAUGAACUUCCCAGCCCAGAGAGACUUGGUAUUCAAGGAGUGCACCCUAUUAUCUACCAUCUCCACUGCCUCUUAUAUUCAUGCCACUUCUAAGUUGGUUCCACUCUAAAAUUUCAUUUUUCUAACAUUCAGGAUCACAACAGGGGGUGAUUGUUUUUAUCAUCAAAAGAAUCUCAAUUAGAUGUCAACAGAUCCCUUUAAAUACACCCCACCUUGCUUCUAAUAUAAUUGAAACCAUAACAUUCAAAACUUUCUUGAGAAGUAUAAACUUUGUUUUGUACAUCUUUUCAUUAGGAAGAAAUAGGCCUCCACUUUAGCUUCCUUUCCUAUUCUUCUUUCUCCUCAGUGACAUCAUUUGUUUUUUCUUCUCUACAGCCAGUUAACAACAUUUAUUGAUCCCCGUUGUGGGUAGAGAUGUUUAUUACCUCCACUAUUGCCUGUGCCCAUUUGUUCAUUCCUGGUCUUGCCCUCUCUCUCAAGAUGUUGCAAUAGCCCUCUUCAUAACAGAUUGUUUGCCAUUAUACAGAUUCUUUUUUGUUGUUGUUUUAAUGGGGAAUGCCAUGGGACUUGUGGAAGAAAGUAGUUAUCAGAAGAAAUAUUUUGAGAACCACUCUUGAGCCAGUUUGAAAAGUUGUGCAGCUAAGGAGGCUGUCUUGAGGGCUUAUGAAUUCAGUUUUUGAUGUCCUUCCUUUAUACUGUGCUUUAUGAAUAAAUAUUGGAAUGAAUUGAUGGUAAUAUGUCUUUAUAUUAUGUUAUUAUUUAUACUUCCUAGCAGGAAAAGCUACGGAGCUCAUUUUAAAAUCAGUGAUAAUCAAUAUAACACCAAAGUUGCAAAAUUUAGAGCAGAUUAACAUAUAAUGACAAUUCCUUAGAUUCUCAGUUUACGUGCCAUUUCAACAUCCACUAUCUGGGUGGGAUCUCAUUUGACAGGUAAGGAAAUUGAGACCUAGGGAGGGAAGUGAUUUGCCCAGGAUUGCUCAGUUGGUAAGUGGCAGAGUUCACCACCAAAAUUUAAAACCAAAAAUAUAUGGCUAUGACUUAACUAUUGAAAAGUAAAAUGCUCGAUUUAUGUGGAUUUGGUCUUGCUAUUUCUCCAGGUGCUCAAGUGUUAUUUUAGCAAGCAAACAGAUAAAGUAGUAGCAAGUGAAUGAAUCUUAGGCUGUGUUCAAAUAUUCUUGACAGGCGUCAAGCCUUCUAUCUACACCAAGGACCCAAGUCUGCCAUUUAAUGAACAGGAUGAUGUUUGUUUAUUUUCUUUAAGCCUGAGUUCUCCACCAACUGGCUCCUAGGUCAGAAAGAUAUAUGAAACACAAACAAAAGUGCAAGUAAGGCCUAUCAUCAGCAAUGCAAUCUCACCCCCUGGUACCCUGCUCACCUUAAAGGAAUUUAUAUUGACAUUACGGAAGAGAACUCCCUAAAUUAUGUGCUAAAUCAAGAUCACAUUUUAGAAGACAAUAGAUUUUCCUGGUCACAUAAAGAUUUUAGCUUACCAUUCUGCUUCUUGAAAUAAGCACUUAUCCCCAAAUUAUUACGAUAUUGUCAUGAAUGUAUAUCAGGCUGUUUAUAUUUGCACCAUAUCCAUUCUCUAUAUUUGAGGUUAUACACAUACCUGCCAUUUCCUCUAUCUCCUUUUUAAAUAUUUUAAAAAUGAGUGAGACUAUUCUACAUUUUCCAUACGUUAUAAUAGUAGAGCAUCUAGAAUUUUUUUAUGUGUGCUCAUGAAUAUUUUUAAUGCAAAUGGUGAGAGUUAUGGUGAUAAAAGCUCUGGAGACUGAAUUUUUCCAAGUACAGAGAUUGUAAACAUGGUGAAUUUGCUUUAUCAAGAAAUAUUCCCAAACAUGCUGAUUUUUUCUUUUCUUGUCUUUUCUUCCUUCCUUCCUUCCUUCUUUCCUUCCUUCCUUCCUUCCUUCCUUCCUUCCUUCCCUUCUUCUACAUGGUAGUAAUGGCCCUUGUAAGACAUUAUAAAAUGGAAAAAGAUCAGGAAGAAAAUAAACUUACUAUAAUCUCAGUAUCUAGAGAUUAAAACUUCAGGUUUUUCUGUAUUAUUAAAUAUAUAAUAUAAAAUUCAGAUAACAUUAUAUACACUGUUUUCUAAUAUACUUUACUCAUUAAAUGUACCAUAAAGCAUUUAAAAGCUCCUAAAUAGUGCUCUAAGUUUCAGUUAUUAUUCUACUAUGACAUAUCUUGAGAAAGAAGAACAAAGCUGGAGGGAUCACAAUUCCAGAUUUCAAGAUAUACUGCAAAGCUAUAGUAAUCAAAACAGUAUGGUACUGGCACAAAAAUAAAAACAGAUCAGUGGAACAAAAUAGGCAGUUCAGAAAUAAACCCUUGCUUAUAUGGUCAAUUAAUCUACAACAAAGGAAAUAAGAAUAUACAGUGGGGAAAAGAUAGUCUUUUCAAUAAAUGGUAUUGGGGAAAAAUGGACAUCUCUAUGCAAAAUAAUGAAACUGGAUCACUUUCUUACACCAUACUCAAAAUUAAACUGAAAAAAGAUUAAAGACCUAAAUAUAAGACUGAAAACCAUAAAACUUCUGAAAGAAAACAUGGACAGUAAACUCUUGGACAUCAGUCUCAGUAAUAUUUUUUUGGAUCUGUCUCCUCAGGCAAGGGAAGCAAAAGCAAAAAUAAACAAUUGAGACUACAUCAAAAUAAAAAGCUUCUGCACAGUGAAGGAAACCAUCAACAAAAGAAAAAAAAAAACAACCUACUGAAUAGGAAGAGAUAUUUACAAAUGUUAUAUCCAUAAGAGGCUAAUAUCCAAAAUAUACAAAGAACUUAAAUAACUCAACACCAAAAUACCAAACAGUCUGAUUAAAUAAAGGGCAGAGGACCUGAAUAGAGAUUUUUUUCCAAAGAAGACCUACAGAUGGCCAAUAGACACAUGGAAAGAUGCUCAACAUCACUAAUCAUGAGGGAAUUACAAAUCAGAACCAUAAUGAGAUAUCACCUCACACCUGUCAGAAUGGCUAGAAAAAGACAAGAAAUAACAAGUGUUGGCAAAGAUGUGAAGAAAAGGGAACCUUGUGCAUUGUUGGUGGGAAUGCAAAAUACUAUAGCCACUACAGAAAUGCAUAUGGAGGUUCCCCCCAAAUUAAAAAUAGGACUACUAUAUGAUCCAGCAAUUUUACUUCUGCAUAUUUAUCUGAAGAAAAUGAGAAUACUAAUCCAAAAGGACAGGUGCACUCCAAUGUUAACUGCAACUUUAUUUGUAACAGCAAAGAUUUGGAGGCAACCUGUGUCCACCAGUAGAUGAACGAAUGGAUAAAGAAGAUGUUAAUACACACACACACACGCAUGCACGCGUACACGCACACAAGAAUAUUACAUGGCCAGGAAAAAUAUUAUGUAGCCAUUUGCAAUAGCAUGGAUGUAUCUAGAGGGUGUAAAUGCUAAGUGAAAUAAGUCAGACAGACAAAAACAAAUACCAUGUGAUUCUACUUAUAUGUGGAAUCUAAAAAACAGACAAACAAGCAGAAACAGACUCAUGAAUGCAAACAAACUGGUGAUUGACAGAGGGGAGGGAAUUGGGGGACUGAGCAAAAAAGGUAAAGGGGAUGAAAAGACUUCCAGUAUGGGCACCUGGGUGGCUCAGUAGAUUAAGCGUCCAACUUCAGCUCAGGUCAUGAUCUUGUAGUCUGUGGGUUUGAGCCCCGCAUUGGGCUCUGAGCUGACAGGUUUGGAUUCUGCUUUGGAUUCUGUGUCUCCCUCUCUUUCUGCCCCUCUCCCACUCACACUUUGUCUCUCUCUCAAAAAAUAUUUUUUUUUAAUUAAAAAAAAUGUAUAGAGUUAAAAAAAUACUUUCAGUUAUAAAAUAUAAUAAGUCAUGGGGAGGUAGAGCAGGGCAUGGGAAUGUAGUAAAUAAUGAUGUAAUAACUAAACAAAUGAUAGCAACUAAAAACACUCAGGAAUUCCUUCCCCUGUGUUCAUAAAGGGAUAAUUUCCAGGGUUUUUCCCUCUUUAUGCAUUCUUGUAAGUAUUUCUUUUUCAAAAACUUCUUGAAUGUAUUUAGGAAAGCUUUCAGCAAAACCAAGGCAGUGAUUCAUCACAUCUUAGAGUAGAAAAGGCAUUAAUAGGUACAUCUUUUUGCAUCCAGGAAAAAUUACCAUUCAAUAAAAAAAAUUAUGUUUAAAAAUAUAGUAAAUUAGGAAGUGUUCAAUUUCAUGAUUUUAACUAUAUUUGGAGUAAGAGACUUCACAUACAUAUCUUUAAGCAUCCACACAAAAUGCUUGAAAUGCUAAAAACUUAUACCUUUCAGAUUACUCUAAAUUUUUCCCAAAGCGACCUUUAUUGUUUUAACAGUAAUUACUCCCAUGGCUAAUAGGUAUUAUCAUGUGGGGUUGUUUCUAAGGCCUAAGGAAAGGAAUCGAAUUAAAGGGAGUGAAAGGGAAAAAUGUGUUAGAAAAAUACUUUUUCUCUUUGGUUGCAAAUUGGAAACAACUCCAUCCUGCUCAUCCAUGAACCCAGUUCCCUCCAGUAGGAGGGAUUCUAUGGAUUUCAAGCCAGACCUCCUUGAGUAUGAAGGUAAACACUGCCACUAGACACAUCAGGAAGAUGUCAUUUUCUUUUUCUUUCUUUCUUUCUUUCUUUCUUUCUUUCUUUCUUUCUUUCUUUUCUUUUCUUUUCUUUUUGUGAGAGAGAUACAGACACAGAGAGAGAGAGGGAGGGAAAGGGGCAGAGGGAGAAGGAGACAAAAUCUUAAGCAGACUCCACACAAAACACAGGGUUCAAUCUCAUGACUGCGAGAUCAUGACCUGAGCUGAAAUCAAGAGUCAGAUGCUAAACUGACUGAGCCACCCAGGAACCCCAGAGAGAUGUCAUUAUUAGGCAAGGCAACAGGAACCAAACAAAAAACCAGAACAUCUUAUUUACUUUCUUCACCUAUUACUAAUGUUGACCCCUGUUUCCAAAUGCCUUCUUCUUCAUACAUUUGAACUUUAACCAAGUUUCUUUUCAAGAUGUGCUUCUGAAACAAGGAUUUCAAAAUUUAAAUAAAGAAAUGAAAGUUCUUAGAUCAAGAAAGUGAGGAGGCAAUGUGCUUUUAUUUCCUCCUGUGGAAUUACACUCAGGCAAACACUACCUGUGGUGUUUGAAAAGCAAAAUACCUUAAUGCGACAAAUUUAUAAUUCAAAGAAAGUGCCAAAAACUGUUUUCAUUUGUAUUAUUUAUGACAUGAGAGAUAAUUGAAAGCUUGCUUCAAUAGUUUCUUUUCUUUCUUUUUAAAAAAAAUAUUUUUGACUGGCUGUUCAUCCUUUUUUUCAUUCAGAAAUAAGAUGGGUUUGGGAAUGAGACAAAGCAGCCUUUUUACUUUACCAAAUGUUGUAUUUGUCAUUAUCAGCUUCCCAAUAGAUUCACUCCUUUAUUUCACUUCCUCUUUAGUUAAAUAUGAUUCCAUGAGAACAAGGGGGUUGUAGUGAGUGCCAAAAUGUAUAUUGUAAGCAAAAGUAGCAAGGAAAUGAGCAAGUAACUGAAGGUCCCUGGUCUACUUUUACGUGGGUUGAUCGGUUGUGUAGGAUGCUGUGGUUUUGUUUUUUCCAUUCAGAAUUUAACUUGAAAAAUUGAUAUUAAAGUACCUGCAUUUAUUCCCUUUUUCCACUAUGUAUUUUGACUUAUUACUAACUUAGUGGCCCAGUUAUACUUUUCUCUUUAAUAAAAAUAUCUGAGACAAACUGAUUCUAUCUGCAAGACUGCCAGACGAAUCGUUUUCUUUCUAAAACUAGAUUUAGGAAGAAGGAGAAGGCUAGUUUUAUGAAGGCAUUUUGGAUGGGUGCACUUUGCAGAUGGCAAUGUUAAAAGCAGAGGUAUAAUUAGACACUGGCAUUCUCAGAAAAGAUUUCGAAAAUCUAGAAAAGGGAGAGAUCAAAGGCAGGAAUAUAGGAUAUGAUAUGAAUUGGCUUGCAUAUACAACUUCAGCUGGGAAUGCCACUUAAAAAGGGGACAGCCAGGGGCCCCUGGGUGGCUCAGUGGUUAAGCGUCCAACUUGGGCUCAGAUCAUGAUCUCACGGUUCGUGGAUUCGAUCCCCGCUUCAGGCUCUGUGCUGACAGCUCAGAGCCUGGAGCCUGGUUCGGAUUCUGUGUCUCCCUCUCUCUCUCUAUCCCUCCCCCACCUGCACACUAUUUCUCUCUCUCUCUCCCUCAAAAAAUAAAUAAACAUUUAAAAAAUCUUAAAACAGUGGGGGGCAGCCAAAACAGAUACCAUGUAGGGCUGCAGUUUGGUCCCUGCCUCUGCUUUCAAAUAAAAUAGGUAGAACGAAUCUGACAUUUUAUGAAUAUCCUCAGAUCCAGGGGACUGAAAAUUAUGACUCUUCUACUAUACUCCAAACUACAGUUGAAAACAUGACUUUCCUGCUACAUUUAAUGGUAAGACAUUACCUUGCUUUCUUGUGGGCAUUCCUAAGGAUCAGUAAUUUAAACAAAAUAAAAUACAAUAAUGCGUUUAGUGGAUGUUGAAAAACAGAAAGCUAUUCUGCUCUAGAGAAAGACCUCAGAAUCUGCUUGAAGACCUCAGAAUCAAUUUGAAGACAGGCAGGAUCAAAUUAUUUUAAAAAAAGAAUUGUUUGCAUAUAUUAAAAUGUUUUCCCUGUAUCCUACAACAACUGUAUUAUUUAAAAAAUCAAAAUGCGUUUUCCUAAAAAAUGUCUGCACUCCUUAUAAAAGUUAACUUGCCCAAUAAAUAACCUCAAGAAGUUUCCUUGAAAAUUUGCCUUCUUGCCUUCCCUACCCCCACUAUUUGAAAACCAAAUUUUAUUUCCUUUCUAUUUCCAAGAAAGUUAUAAAUAAACCAAUUUUCUCCGAAUAUGGGACUCUAGGCCAUGCUGACCUCCACAGUAAUUUGAGCUCCACCACUCACCAGUAACAAUGUGCAGGCUGUUUCAUUUCAUCUGUGAAAUGGGGAUAAUAAUGACUACCAUGUAGGACUACUGUGAGCAUUAACUCAGAGAAUAUCUGUGAAGCUCCCAGCCCUGUGUGUCUCGUGAGACAGGCGCUCACAUUGUUAGUUCCUUUCUGGUUCCCCAUUAGUCUCCCUUCUUCUUUUUUUUUUUUUUAAAUGUUUAUUUAUUUUUGAAAGAGAGAGAGAGAGAGAGAGAGAGAGAGAGAGAGAGACAGAGUGUGAGCGGGGGAGGGGCAGAGAGAGAGAGGGAGACACAGAAUCUGAAGCAGGUUCCAGGCUCUAAGCUGUCAGCAUGGACCCUGACUGGGGGCUCCCAGCACCGCGAGAUCAAGACCAGAGUCAAAGUCUGACACUUAACAACCUAGCCACCUAGGCGCCCCUAGUCUCCCUUCUUGGUUCUCCCCUCCCUACAACCAGCUAGUCUCUAAAUAAUGCAUAUGUAAUUGUUAGAACACCAGCACGAAUGCCCAGAAGUGUUUGUUACUGAAUUAACUCAGCAGUGAAUCUGGCAUUGCACCCCAACCUUUCCCCUUCCUCAAUCCCUUUGGGCAACCCCUCCCUCAAAUACCUGAGCUACACCCUGACCCCAGGUGAACUGUGAAACUGGCUAUCACAUGAGCAUUUUCUCUCAGGGUUUCAAGCUGGUCUGGUUCUGCCUCAAAGACCAGAGGAGCUCAUGUGCUCAUGUUGCUCACAAUUAACUGACUCUGGACAUGUGGUCACUGCCAUCAAGACCCGCCCCAAGGAGAACAGCAGUUCAAUGAAAUCUUAAACUCUAUUUAUAGACCACUUGAAACAAACACUUUCCUGUGAAGCCUAAGGAAUCCUUCUUGAGAACAGGAAAGUAAUUCACUCGUCCCAGUACUAACAGGCAACUGAAGGGAGGAAAAUGCAGCAAGUCUGUGCUUUUCCAGUGUUCUACAAUUUACAAAGCAUUUGCUUUUGCUUGUUCUCCCAUUUCACCCUGACACCAUCCCAGGAGGCAGACAAAGCAGACACUAGUAAAAAAAAACAAAACCCAUUUUAUAGAUUACAAAACUGAUGCCUGGGAGGUUCAGGGAGUUGCUUACAUUCAUAUGGCUGGUGAAUGGUGGUGGUUAGAGAAAGAGGGGAGAGGAAAGUGGUAAAGGGAGAACUGUUUUCUGUUCACGCAAUCAACCUAAACUUCAGUAAGUAAUUAUUUACCAAUAAGAAAAAAUACACAGGCAAGAUAAUUGUUUCAAAAUGUACCUGCAAGCUUAAAAAAUUGUUCCUUCUCCACUUCUAAUAGGAAAACCAAAAUAUGAGAAAUAAACACUCAGGGAGAUUCUCCAGGGAAACAUUUAUAAACAUGUUUGUAUCUGUCUAUAACAUAUACAUACAGAACAUACAUACAUAAAAUACAUACCUGUAUUUUAGGAAGAAAUUCCUUCUUGAAACCUCUCCAGAUUAAAAUGUGCCUAUGUCAAGACUAAUCUUGAAAAAGAUGAUAGGAAUUUUUACGAGAAAUUUUCAUUGAUUCUGCCAAUCAGCUCUGAAUAUACACAUCUUUACCAUCUUUUUAGUGUGGGAGGGUGUUUGCAUAAGUCCAGUAUGUGCAUAAAAAGCAAGACUUCACUAAUAUUAAUUAGUUUAUGGACCAGAAAUGAGUUUGCUCUAUACAGUUAUUUUAUUUUGAUUUUAGCAAAUAAUUUUUAAGCUUUGUUACCUGGAAAGGGUAUACAAAAACUUUUUGUCUUGAGAAGUACGUCUGGAUAAUUUAGAAUAGCUACACUAAAAUCUGUGUGUGUGUGUGUGUGUGUGUGUGUGUGUGUGUGUGUGGAGAGACAGAGACAGAGACAGAGACAGAGACAGAGAUUGAGGGAGUGAGAGAGAUUAUGGCUUAAAGAGUACCGCUGGGUUAGCAAAUUGGCUCAGUGCCACUGGGGGAUUUUCAGAUUUACCAAUUCUCUGCCUAUUGUUGCAGCUCUGAUUUAUGGACUUUGGAAUCUCUUGAAAGGCAAAGCGUCUGGAGGUUAGGGUCUUUCCUUGCCAGUCCCUCCAUUUCCCCUAUACUGUUUUUGCCCAUGUUCACCUUGUGGCGACCUUGCAGGACUCAGCGUUUUUACCUGAGCUCAGUAGCUGGGGAGCCCACUAGUGCUGGGGAGAGGGCAGUGGUUUCCAUUCCUGGGUGAUGGAGUCAUGGGAGAAACUGCAGCGAACCAACGGAGAGUAGGACCGGAGCCGGGCUCCAAUGUGUUUUAAGCGGCUCAGGACAGAGCAGCUGUUCUGGUCUCCCAGCCUGCAAGUGCUGCCUGCAUUUGUCACUGACCACUGAAGUGUGUGUUUGUGCAAGGAGGCGAUCGAGAUCGGAUGACAGCAAACCAUGAGAGCUACCUCCUUAUGGCGAGCACCCAGAAUGAUAUGGAAGACUGGGUUAAGUCCAUCCGUCGAGUCAUAUGGGGACCUUUUGGUGGAGGCAUUUUUGGACAGAAACUUGAAGACACUGUCCGUUAUGAGAAGAGAUAUGGGAACCGUCUGGCUCCAAUGUUGGUGGAGCAGUGUGUGGACUUUAUCCGACAAAGGGGGCUGAAGGAAGAGGGUCUGUUCCGACUGCCAGGCCAGGCUAACCUCGUUAAGGAGCUCCAGGAUGCCUUUGACUGUGGAGAGAAGCCAUCAUUUGACAGCAACACAGAUGUACACACAGUGGCAUCACUUCUUAAACUGUAUCUCCGAGAACUUCCAGAACCAGUUAUUCCUUAUGCAAAGUAUGAAGAUUUUUUGUCCUGUGCCAAACUGCUCAGUAAGGAAGAGGAAGCUGGCAUUAAGGAAUUAGCAAAGCAGGUGAAGAGUUUGCCUGUGGUCAAUUACAACCUCCUGAAGUAUAUUUGCAGGUUCUUGGAUGAAGUGCAAUCCUAUUCUGGAGUUAACAAAAUGAGUGUGCAGAACUUGGCCACUGUCUUUGGCCCUAAUAUCCUGCGCCCUAAAGUGGAAGAUCCUUUGACCAUCAUGGAGGGCACGGUGGUGGUCCAGCAGUUGAUGUCAAUGAUGAUUAGCAAACAUGAUCGCCUCUUCCCCAAAGAUGCAGAACUGCAAAGCAAACCCCAAGAUGGCAUGAGCAAUAACAACAAUGAAAUUCAGAAGAAAGCCACCAUGGGCCAGCUACAGAAUAAGGAGAACAAUAAUACCAAGGACAGUCCUGGUAGGCGGUGCUCUUGGGACAAGUCCGAGUCUCCCCAGAGAAGUGGUGUGGAUAAUGGAUCCCCCACAGCUCUACCAGGUAGUAAAACCAACAGCCCAAGGAACAGCGUUCACAAGCUGGACGUCUCUAGAAGCCCCCCUCUUAUGGUCAAAAAGAAUCCUGCCUUCAAUAAGGGCAGUGGGAUAGUCACCAAUGGGUCCUUCAGCAGCAGUAAUGCCGAAGGCCUGGAGAAAACCCAAACCACUCCCAAUGGGAGCUUACAGGCCAGAAGGACCUCUUCACUGAAGGGGUCUGGUACCAAAAUGGGCACCCACAGUGUACAGAAUGGAACGGUGAGAAUGGGCAUUUUGAACCCCGACAUGCUUGGGAACCCCGUGAACGGUCGCAGCAUGAGCUGGCUGCCCAAUGGCUACGUGACCCUGAGGGAUAACAAGCAGAAAGAACAAGCAGGGGAGUCAGGCCAGCACAACAGACUCUCCACCUAUGAUAACGUCCAUCAGCAGUUCUCCAUGAUGAACCUUGAUGACAAGCAGAGUGUCGACAGCGCCACCUGGUCCACUUCCUCCUGUGAAAUCUCCCUCCCGGAGAAUUCCAACUCCUGUCGCUCUUCCACCACCACCUGCCCAGAGCAAGACUUUUACGGGAGUAAUUUUGAGGACCCUGUUUUGGAUGGGCCCCCACAGGAUGACCUCUCCCACCCUGGGGACUAUGAAAACAAAAGUGACCGGAGGAGUGUGGGAGGUCGAAGCAGUCGUGCCACCAGCAGCAGCGACAACAGUGAGACGUUUGUGGGCAACAACACCAGCAACCACAGUGCCCUGCACAGUUUAGUGUCCAGCCUGAAACAGGAGAUGACCAAACAGAAGAUAGAGUAUGAGUCCAGGAUAAAGAGCUUAGAACAGCGAAACUUGACUUUGGAAACAGAAAUGAUGAGCCUCCAUGAUGAACUGGAUCAAGAAAGGAAAAAGUUCACAAUGAUAGAAAUCAAAAUGCGAAAUGCAGAGCGAGCAAAAGAAGAUGCAGAGAAAAGAAACGACAUGCUUCAGAAAGAAAUGGAGCAGUUUUUUUCCACUUUUGGGGAGCUGACAGUGGAACCCAGGAGAACCGAGAGAGGAAACACAAUAUGGAUCCAGUGAGCCCACUUUUUCCCGCUGUCUCCAAUGGAUCUGGGAAGGGCUCUGCGGUUCUGGUGGGAACAUUCUACGGGAUCAGGUGGCUGGUUCCUUGCUGUACAGUGCUCUAACUGGUGAAGGAAUAUCAUUUCCAGACAUUACCCAUCCAUAUCUGCAAUGUGUACCAAAGUUCUAUCAUGCCCCAUAAUGCUACUGUCAAGUGUUACAACUGGAUUUGUGUAUAGAGAGUAGUUUUUAAAAAGUAAACUAAAAAUGAGAAGCAUAUCUCAAGAAUUAUUUUAUUGCAAGUCUUGUAUUUAAAAUGUUAAAUCAAUAUGUCGUUGCAAUUUAGCUUGCUUUCAAGCUUCACCCCUUGCACUUAACAUAAGCUAUUUUUGGCAUUGUGUUCUCAUCAGCUUAUUUUAUAGAUCAAUAUUUUUAUUUCCCCUCUUGCUGAGGAAAUGAAGAUGAGCAGAUAUAUAAAUAUAUAUAAAUAUAUAUCAGAUGAGUUAUUAAAAUCAAAAGAAUACUUUGUGGCUGUGCUGUUUGUGCCAAUAGACCUCGCCAUGACCAAAAAGAGAAAUGUAAUGGUUUUAUAAAAUACAAUAGAAUCACCAGAAACCUUUGAUUUGCUCUUGAAAUUCUUCCCUUGACACUGCUCAGUUUUCUUUUGAGGUAUCCUGACACAGAAAAUUUUGGAUUUUGUAAAAUAGUCCCCUUCUCAAGGCCUAUUGUCUACCUGGCCAGUUCCACAGAUGCAUGUCUCUUGUGCAGCCUGCAUUUUUAGGGGGGGGAAAUGGUACAAGCACUUAAUGAGUCAUGUCAUGAAUUACUCUGACUUUCUGGACCGAGUCUCUGUAACUGCUAGAUGGUUUCCAAAAAAACUCUUCCCACUGUUUGGAGAUUGGGAAACAAUGCUUGCUGCACUGUGCCACAGGAACAUUUCUUGUCCACUCAGACUUUUCCUUCAUCCUCCAGAAAGCACUUUGCAAUGCAGGCAGUGUGAUGGUGUGACCGUGACCUCUCAGUUAAGAGUAUGUGCCAUAUAGCGACACUUUUCUCUAGCUCAGGCCCACUGUUCUGUUGUCACCUGGGAUCCUGUCCACAGGACUGCUGGCAGGGGCAGUGCCACAAGAGCAGGGUAUGGAGUGGGUAGACCCGAAGGAGAAAGAGACACAUUUGGAAGAAGCAAACUAUUUUGUUUCUAAUUUUUACAAUAUUGUUCUUCCCUCUUGAAAACAUAUUUGUUCACAAGAAUCUUAAGACGUGGAUGCUUAAAGGUCCAGUUCAGACAAAUUUAUGAACAUCAGUAAUGGUGACCUUCUAGAGAAGCCCAGCGCUCUCUGGACCUAGAGUUUGGGGAGAACAACUCUUCACAUUCCAAUAAGGCAAUGAUUUUGAGAAGUCAGGCAAAUAAAUAUCUCUCACACUGGAACAAAAAGUCACAAAAGGCAUCAUUGCAAAUAAAGACUGCUUGAGUUUAUAGGAUUGAGUUGUUAGAAGGUUCUAUGUCUGUAUGUACUUAUUUUCAAAUGGGGAGUAGUCUUUACACCGUCUAUCCUUGUCACCAUCCACCUUCCACCAACACACUUAUGUGGGCCCUCGGUUUUAACCUCUCUCUGUAUAAUGAUACCUUCUUUACCUUUAGUUUCCUGUUCUCCUUCCAAUUCUUUAUUUAACCAGAUUUUUCCACCUGUAUGUUCUGUAAGAAAGUCAAAUUCGCAAUGUACAAUGUUGAUCUCAAUCAGUCUCUCUAUACACAUUUCAUCUCUUCCCGGUCCCUGUCCUAGUGAAUGGAAACCUUGGACUCAUCCAGUGAGUCAAAAGAUGCAAUAGUAAAAAUCAAAAGAUCAUGUAGUCAAAUCGCCUGCAUUCAAGUUUCUAUAAUUUGCUAGCUGAUACUGAGACUUCUAGGUGUUACUUUUUUCCAUAUAGACUGGGAAUAAUAAAGAUACUCCUCUCAUGGACUUAUUAUGUGGUUUCAAAGAUGUAGAUUGUUAAAGCUAAGCACAGCACCUCGUGGACAGAAAGGAUGCCAUGAAUGUUAAUUCUUAUUGUUCUCUCUCCUCUUCUUCACCCUUAAAUUCACUCACCAAGUACUAUCUAUUCCGCUCAUCCUUACCUUUUAAAUCUACUCUCUUUGACCAGUUCCUCCUCAUCUCUGGUGAAAGCAUCUCCCCUUUUGCAGGCUGUCCCCUCUAGGCCACCCAUCUGACUCUGUCAUAGCUUUGCUACUAUCAUGUAAAGACUCUCACUUGCCCACAGGAUACGCCCUUCACAUGGUGCGUAAAGUUGUGACCUGCAGUUUUAUUUUCCUUUCUUCCCACAUCCCCAACCCCCGCCAUGCCAUUUCAUGCCUCUGGAACUUUCUACCAUCUUUUACCACAUCCAUCUUGACUACCUUCCUUCUACCUGGCACGAUCUUUUUUCUUUUUUUUCUUUUUUUAAAGAGAGCCAAAUCAAAUGUCAGAUCCCCUUCUAGGAUCUCAACGCCAAAUUAUCUGACACUCCCACUUUGUGUAUAUCUCUUUCAGUCUUGUCCAUGUCUGAUUAUUAUCUUCACCAAAUAAGAAACGUUUUAGGAAGCAGCAUGCUGGAAUGGAAAUAGCAGGAAAUGGAGAGCCAAACAGACCUAGAUAUGCAUCUCAACAUUCCUUAGGCAAGAUGCACAGCAAUGACAAAUUACUGAACCUUUCUGAGCCUCAGUUUUUUCAUCUGUAAAGUGGAGAUAACUUCUACAAAGUAGGGAUGUUGUAGUACUUAAAAGUGAUAUGUAAUGUGACUGUCUGAGUGCCUGCCACUUAGUUCUAUUAAUAGCUCUAUUAAUAAACGGAGCCUCCUAACCUAAGAGAGUAGAAUUUUAUCUUAUUGUUCUUAAAUCCCUCUGUCUCUACCCUUUAUGCCAUAGAGUACCAGCAUAGAGAAUUUUCUGGCCUUUGGUCUAUGAGGGGUGCUGUUAUUAAUUUUAAUUAUUGAUCUCAGUGAUGAUGACCUUCAAUCAAUGGAUGCUAUGAGUAGCUUGUCCAUCUGAAUUUCCAUUAGCUCUUCUAUUCGGCUAAAUGCCUAGAAAGUAUUAAAUGCAAAUUGACAUAAAAAUGAAUUGGAAAUAAGUAGGUAGUAUAAAGAGUUCAUUUGCUACAUCCUGUAUAGACUUCUUUAAAACUGUUUAGGUAACUAUAAUGAUUCUUCAAUUAUGAGCUCAGGAGAAAGGAUUUGCUUCCAAGUGUUGAGUCUACAAUGUUGGCUUCAGUAGCCAAACCAUAUGGCUGGGUGUCCUUCAGAGAACAUUUAAAAUAGAAUUGUGUGUGAUAGUAGGCCAACUGAAGUCUACACUUUUAUGUAGCUUCUAUGUGUAAUUUUACGAUGAAAUGACUAAAAACUUCAAGGGAAACUUAAUAAGGUCACUCCUAUUUAUUUUUGUUUCCUAAAAAGCUGUGCCUUCCUUUACAAAAUGAGGUCAUUUCCAGGUAAGAUACUUUAAAUUGUUGAUAUAAUUAUCUCACCUUGGAAACUGAGGAUAAUUUAAAGAUGGUGCUGCUGGCCACAGACCCCGGUGUUUCUCACAUUGGGGAGCUGCAUCCUGCUUGGAGUCGCAUCACAGAAAAUGAUACC